AGGGACUUCCUUGUCGCGAGCCCAGGCCUGGAGGGGUCCGGACUCGUAACUCCGCGGUCCUGCCAGCCCGAGUGUAGCUCGCAGCCGUCAGUCAGGUUCAGAGUACAGGUCCUCUCCCCGCACGCCCCGCGCUCGCUGACAUGCCCAACCCCAGCAGCGCCUCCUCUCCCUACUCCCUCCCUGAGGAGAUUAGGAACCUGUUGGCAGAUGUUGAAACAUUUGUAGCAGACACUCUGAAAGGGGAGAAUUUAUCCAGGAAAGCGAAGGAAAAGAGAGACUCCCUUAUUAAGAAGAUAAAAGAUAUAAAGUCUACCUAUCUUCAGGAGUCUCAGGACAAAGGUGAUGCGGAAGACGGGGAUGAAUAUGACGACCCCUUCACUGGGCCUCUGGACACCGUGUCCUUAGCCUCGGAGCGAUGCGAUAAGGAUGACGAAGGCCCCUCCGAUGGAAAUCAGUUUCCCCCGAUUGCAGCACAGGACCUGCCCUUUGUCAUGAAGGCGGGCUACCUUGAGAAGCGUAGAAAAGAUCACACCUUUCUGGGGUUUGAAUGGCAGAAGCGGUGGUGUGCCCUCAGCAGGACGGUCUUCUACUAUUACGGAAGUGACAAAGACAAACAACAGAAAGGUGAAUUUGCAAUAGAUGGCUACAGUGUCAGAAUGAAUAACACUCUCAGGAAAGAUGCAAAGAAGGAUUGCUGUUUUGAAAUAUCUGCUCCUGAUAAACGCAUCUAUCAGUUUACAGCCGCUUCUCCCAAAGAUGCUGAGGAAUGGGUACAGCAACUGAAGUUUGUAUUACAAGACAUGGAAUCCGAUGUGAUUCCCGAGGACGAUGAUGAAAAAGGAGAAGUCUAUGAUGAUGUUGACCACCCCCUGCCGGCCAGCAGCCCACCAGCCCACCACGGACCAGUAGAUGAAGAGAUUUAUGAGGAGCUUCCAGAAGAGGAAGAGGAUGCCACUCCAGUGAAGACAGAAGAAAGGAGGCCCAGUCAGGACAGUGUCCAGCUCGGUUCAGGAGAUAAAAGCACUGAUUAUGCUAAUUUUUAUCAGGGUUUGUGGGACUGCACAGGAGCGCUGGCUGACGAGCUGUCAUUUAAGCGUGGUGAUGUGAUCUACAUCCUGAGCAAGGAAUACAAUAGAUAUGGCUGGUGGGUAGGAGAAAUGAAAGGAGCCAUUGGCUUGGUGCCUAAAGCCUACAUAAUGGAGAUGUAUGAUAUUUGAGAGUCCCGGAAUACUUUGAAAUGAGAGCAUCGUGGAGAGGCAGGAGGACGCAUCCCCGACCUCGCCGCGUUUGGCAAACAUUCCUCGACU